AUGCCGACGAAGCAUGUGUGGAUCACCUGCUGGUACGUGGCUCCAGCGUUUUGGUGCCCAAACAAGCCCUAUGAGCCAGAGAAAAAGAUCGAGAUAACUCCGCUCCAGUCAUCCGACCACGUCGACUUGCCGCAGUGCACGCCGACUGGGAGAUGGGAGAACGCUCUCCAGCAUUGGGUGUUCCGCGGCACAUCCCAGCGGCUGGGGAAUGGGAGCGCACUCUCCUCCAGGGCAUCCCAAACAGUGUCUUGGUUAGCGAGGGCCGCUGCUUCUUAUCCGUGUUGCCGAUCUGACUGCUCCACAAGCCCCUACUUCAGCGAAGAUGCAGAGGCAGACGAGGUCGACGCGGGAGAAAAAGUCGUCAGGGGAGGCGGCGCUGCAGGGAGAGGAAGUCGAAGGACAUGGCUGGGCUGUGAGAGGUCACGCCAAGGGAGAUCAGGGGAAGAUGAGCUAACAGGCAGUACGUUUUAUCCAACCGCUCAGCAGACAAGUGAAGGGCGGAGCUGUGGCAGAAGAGGCGGCGCGACGGAGCAGAAGGGGCGGCGCGACGGAGCAGGAGAAGAUGGCCGAGAAGAUGUUCAGGUGCGGCGCGGCAGGCGGAGAAGAGUUUUGGUGAUGAGCUUGUGGCCGCGCUGGACCAGCUGCUGCAGCCCCCCUGCGCCAUCGCCGUGGGUCGCCUGCUUUCUGCUGCUCCGGUGCCGGCACCUGUCCCUGUGCGGUGUCGUGCUCAGGAAUUUCGCGAAGAAGGCGGUUUCCGUUCUUGCGCGCGAGAAGGGCGCCGGACCUCGUUGGCGCUGCGAAGGGGGCACAACUCAGUUUGGGUACGCCGUCGGCCAGCGCCGGCGGCGAGCAUGCUCCACUUUGACCUGUCCGCCACAGCCAGUCCUCUCCCGCCUCCCCCGACUCCGUGUCCUUGUCCAACGCAAAUCAAUGGAGCUGCCGACUCGGAUUGUUGUUGGCUUCUAUAAGAAGGGAGGGUCCUCGGCUCGAAUCUCCAUCAGGUCAAUUUUGGACGAAGCAUCCAAUGUCGACACCGAGUUCGCUGCAGGAAGAAGCGCCGAGUUCGCCGGAGGUAGAAGAAGCGUCGAGUUCGCCAAAGGUAGAAGAACAGUCGUCGAGCUAUCCAAUGUCGCCUGCGUCGGCUACAGCAGAGACACCCAUGUUGUGUGGUUGGUCUGUUGAACGAAGCGCUGGAACUGUCAGCAAUUCCUUCAGAUAGUGUUGUUCUCUGAACAGAGAAAACAAAAUUGGAACAGCUGUUGCGGUGGUUCUCAUCUGGCCUUAGUUCCAGGUAGCAAUAACAAGCUUUGCUUCCUAAUUACCUCUGCUCCUAGCUAGCUAAAAUUGCAACUGAUACAUGUAUAGGUAUACUAGCAUAUGUUGUGUCAGGUUAAAAGUCCCGAGAGAUUUUGAACUACCGGUGGAGUGGAGAUGGUGAUUUGUAGUUCCACAUUCUGUGCUAAUA